AUGAGGAAGGCGAAAGCAACCGCGCCCGCAGCCGCCGCCAAGCCCAAGCCUAGGGCGAGGGCGAGGGCCAAGCCCAAGCCCAAGCCCAGCCCCGCCUCCCUCUCCUCCGGCACCUCGUCGCCGUCCGCCACCAGCGACGCCGACGCGUCUCCGUCCCCCGUCGCCAUCGGCCGCGGCUUCCUCGCGCCCGCCUCGCCGGCGACGCCCAACACCAGGUCCCCUCUCUCCGCGCCGGCGUCCCCCUUCUCCGCGCCCAAGCCCGCCACCGUCGACGACCUGCGGGCCCUCGCCGCGUCCACCCUCGACUCGCUCAAGCGCCGCCUCGACGCGCUCCACGGCGACUCCGUCCGCGACCUCGAGGCCUCCCACUCCCGCAUCUCCAAGCGCAUCAAGAUGCAGACGCAGAGCUGCCUGCAGCUGGCCGAGGAGGCGGAGAGGGAGCACAGGAAGGUGGCCGAGAAGAUCUCCGAGAGCGCCGACGAGAUGAAGGCAUCGUACAAGAAGUUCGUGGCGGAGGUGCAGUCGUCGACGUCUCUGUGCAAGGUGACCGUCCCUGAGAUGGCAAAGUCUGUUGAGAGAGCUAUCGAUGGCUUGCGCACUCGCUACAACGUCCCAGCUACGGCAGCUUAG